AUGACCGAGCUCGCGUCCACCUUUCUCUUCAUGUCGACGUCCCUGGAAACGGCCACACGGAUGCCAUGGUUACUUUUGCCACGAUCUUACAGGUGAACAAGGUGAUGUCCAUCUUGUUUUAUGUGAUAUUUCUCGCUUAUCUCCGUGGCAUCCAAGGUAACAACAUGGAUCAAAGGAGUUUGCCAGAAGACUCACUCAAUUCCCUGAUUAUUAAGCUGAUCCAGGCAGAUAUUUUGAAAAACAAGCUCUCCAAGCAGAUGGUGGACGUUAAGGAAAAUUACCAGAGCACCCUGCCCAAAGCUGAGGCUCCCCGAGAGCCGGAGCGGGGGGAGCCCGCCAAGUCAGAAUUCCAGCCAGUGAUUGCAAUGGACACCGAACUGCUGCGACAACAGAGACGCUACAACUCACCGCGGGUCCUGCUGAGCGACAGCACCCCCUUGGAGCCCCCGCCCUUGUAUCUUAUGGAGGAUUACGUGGGCAACCCCGUGGUGGCGAACAGAACAUCACGGCGGAAACGGUACGCGGAGCAUAAGAGUCACCGAGGGGAGUACUCGGUAUGUGACAGUGAGAGUCUGUGGGUGACCGACAAGUCAUCGGCCAUCGACAUUCGGGGACACCAGGUCACGGUGCUGGGGGAGAUCAAAACGGGCAACUCUCCCGUCAAACAAUAUUUUUAUGAAACGCGAUGUAAGGAAGCCAGGCCAGUCAAAAACGGUUGCAGGGGUAUUGAUGAUAAACACUGGAACUCUCAGUGCAAAACAUCCCAAACCUACGUCCGAGCACUGACUUCAGAAAACAAUAAACUCGUGGGCUGGCGGUGGAUACGGAUAGACACGUCCUGUGUGUGUGCCUUGUCGAGAAAAAUCGGAAGAACAUGAAUUGGCAUCUCUCCCCAUAUAUAAAUUAUUACUUUAAAUUAUAUGAUAUGCAUGUAGCAUAUAAAUGUUUAUAUUGUUUUUAUAUAUUAUAAGUUGACCUUUAUUUAUUAAACUUCAGCAACCCUACAGUAUAUAAGCUUUUUUCUCAAUAAAAUCAGUGUGCUUGCCUUCCCUCAGGCCUCUCCCAUCUGUUAAAACUUGUUUUGUGAUCCGGCUCUCAGGAGUCACUCUGUAAAAUCUGUGUACACCAGUAUUUUGCAUUCAGUAUUGUCAAGGCCAUGACUGUCGUUUUAGUAAACUUGUUAAAAUCA